GAUAUUCUGGUAAAAUUCCAAGUAAUUUAUUAAUAUUGUUGAUUUUGUUUUGUUCUGUUUUCUCCUGUUUGUUUACGUUACCGAUUUUGGAUUUUUUUUUUUAAAUUUAGUUUAUUUAAUGUUGUGAUAUUUGAUUGAAUUUGAACAUACUGUUGGAAUCUAGUGUAUUUAAGUGUACUUUAUUUAAUUUUCUUUUGUGGGUGUUUGUUAAUUUUACUAAAUUUAGUCUGAUUUGAGUUUUUUUUUUUUUUGGAAUUAGGGUUUUGUUGAAGAUGGAUUAUUGGGUUAUUUUCUUUUUUUGAAAAUUGCAUUGCUUUUGUGGAUUUUGGUGGUGGGUGUUGAUUAUUUUAGGGGUUUUUCAAGAUUUGAAUUCAUUAUUUUGCAGAUUGAUUUCAGUGAUGAUGAGAAGAUAGAUGUAUGAGAUUUGAUUUGGUGAGGGUAUAAUCGUCUUUUACCACUCUCUUAACCUGUAAUCUUGUGAAAGGUUUCAGAUUUUUUCUGGGUUUGGGUUAAAGAAGAUGAGUAGUUCAAGUGGUGUUUCAGAAGGUGUUGUACAAAGGGGGAAACUGUUAGUUCAUGUUGCCGAAAACGGGCGUUCGUUUGAGCUAAAUUGCGAUGAAUACACGCUCGUUGAAUCGGUUCAACGGUAUCUCGAAACGCUUUCCGGAAUUCAGUUAAAUGAUCAGCUUCUUUUGUAUCUGGACCUGAAGUUAGAACCGCAGCAGCCGCUUUCUGCGUACAAACUCCCUUUGGAAGAUAGAGAAGUGUUCUUGUAUAAUAAAUCAAGAAUGAGAAGUAAUUCGACCCCACCUCAACCGGAAGAAAUCGAAUCGCUUGAAACAAUCAAUCCUGACCCUCCAUUACCAUCAUCAUCGAACGAUCCUCAUCCAUUAGACGACGCUUCUGACCCUGCAUUAAAGGUGCUACCUUUAUACGAGAGGCAGUUUAGGUACAAUUGUCAGCUUGCAGACGCAAUUUACCAACGUACCCUUUUGAAAUUAGAAACGUGUGAGCGGCUUUCAAGAGAGCAAAGGGUGCAAGAAAAGGCGUUAGAGAUUGCGCGUGGUAAUUUGGAUCAUAUCUAUAAAAUGAUUCUUCGUAACUACUCGGAUUUUGUCAAGCGUUACUCACAUCAGCAGAGAUCACAUUCAAAUCUUUUAGUGAAUUUUUGGCGGGAUUUGGAGAGAUUAAGGUCCGUUAAACUUAUACCUGCAUUACAGUCUGAUAAUCGCAAAUGUUUAUCCGAUUUCGUUAAGGAAGGAAAUCUGAGGAAAAUGGUAGAAGAUUGCAGUAAUUCACAUAGACAGUUUGAAAGUAAAGUUGAGGAUUUUAAGGAAGAGUUUAAAGAGCUCAAAGGAAGUACAGAACAUUUGUUUUCUAGCGAAGCUUUGAUUAAUAAUAAAGUUUUCGAGAGAACUAUUAAGGAACACCGACAAUAUAUAGACGAUCAAAAAAGUAUUAUGCAGGCUUUGAGCAAAGAUAUUAGCAUGGUAAAGAAACUCGUGGACGAUUGUUUGACCAGUCAACCAUCUAAUUCCCUUCGUCCUCACGAUGCUGUGUCAGCAUUGGGCCCCAUGUACGAGGGUCAUGAGAAAAACUAUAUUCCUAAAAUGCGAGCAUGCGAGGGUGCAAUUUCAAACCUUUUAAUGUUUUGCAAAGACAAAAAGUCAGAAAUGAUCGGUUUUGUUCACGGGUACAUGCAAAAGAUUGCAUACAUUCAGUACACCAUAAGAGACGUUCGAUACAAAUUCUCGGUUUUUAACGAGGCUAUAAAUCGCCAAAAUGAUCAAUUCGAGCAGUUGAAGGUGGUUCGUGGGAUUGGGCCUGCUUAUCGGGCCUGUCUUGCGGAGAUAGUGAGAAGAAAAGCGUCGAUGAAACUUUAUAUGGGAAUGGCGGGGCAGUUGGCUGAAAAACUCGCAUCUAAACGGGAAUCUGAAGUUCGGAAACGAGAAGAGUUUAUUAAAGUACAUAGUUUAUAUAUACCUCACGAUAUUUUAUCGUUAAUGGGGUUGUACGAUACUCCAAGCGUUUGCGAUGUCAAUGUGGCUCCUUUUGAUAGAAAUCUACUGGAUCUUGAUAUACCAGAUUUGGACCGGUUUGCCCCUGAACGAAAUAACGAGUCUGAGGAUAUUAUCGAAUUGGGUGAUAUUGUCGGGACUAACAAGUUGGAAGUCGAGAACGCAAAGUUAAAAGCGGAACUUGCUUCUGUUACGGCUCGUCUUUGUUUUUCCCCUUUGGAGAUCGAGUUUGAAUAUUUCGAUGAGGGUAAAAUGGACAUUUUACUAAAAGAGGGUGCUGAAAAGACGAAUGAGGCCUUGCGAUUGAAAGAUGAAUACGUGAAACAGUUGGAAUCUGUUCUAAACGACAAACAAAUGCAAUGUGGGUCGUAUGAGAAACGAAUAGAAGAGCUGGAACGAAGGUUAUCCGAUCGGUAUUCUUUAGAACACAAAAUCGAUAAAGAUGAUUCUUUUACAACUGGGAAAGUUGGAGAUAGCAAAUCGGAGACGUCAAGCGAGAGAGAUGUCCAGGGGCAUAGUGGUCAAUUUUCCGAGCCUAUGGAUGAUGCUUUAUAUGGUUAUAGUUCGUUAGUUUCAAAAUCGUGUGUUGAUAAAACUAGCAAGAUUUUGGAUGAUAACAUGACCGAUUCAUCUGGAAUGGCGAACCCGAACCCUAAUUUGGACUCGUCAAUGCGGGAACCAAGCCGUGACGUGAAUGAAAAAGAUGAGAACGAGGAAACGGUGCCAGAUGUCGGGAUGCAGAACAUUCUAGAAGAGAAAUCUAAUCAACUUACUGAAUUAGAAGCUAAACUUGAAGCUGCAAAAGAUGAGGUUGCAACGCUUGCACGGGAUUUGGAAAUUAGCCGGAAUCUGCUAGAUGAGUCUCAGGUGAAUUGUGUUCAUUUAGAGAAAUGUCUUCACGAAGCACGAAAAGAGGCUCGAACUCAUCUAUGUGCAGCCAAUAGUAAAGCGUCGGAUUAUAACAAGUUACGUGGGUCCACUUUAAAAAUACGCAGCCUCUUCGAGCGCCUUAAGUCCUCUGUUUCUUCAGCCGAUGUAUCUUCUUUUGCUGACUCACUCCAAUCUUUAUCUCAGUCUCUCACCAAUUCCGCAAAUGACGGUGGAGAUGAUGGUACUGCCGAGUUUCGUGAAUGUGUUCAUAUGCUUGCUAAAAAAGUUGGUAUUUUGGCAAGGCAUCGGGCCGAGUUAGUUGAUAGGUACACAAAGGCGGAGGCGGCUCAACAACAGCUUACAAAGGAGUUGGACGAAAGUAAAGCGUUAGUCAACACUCUUUACCUGAAACAUCAAUCCGAAAAACAGGCAAACAAGGAGAAAAUAUCUAUCGGCCGUUUAGAACUUCAUGAAAUUGCAGCAUUCGUACUCAACACAGCUGGAUAUUACACGGCUAUUAACCGAAACUGUAGUCAUUAUUACCUAUCUCCAGAAUCGGCUGCACUUUAUGCUGACAGUGUCCCGCACAAUCCCACUUGCAUUGUGGGCCAGAUUGUGCAUAUCGAGCGGCAAACCGUGAAACCAUCACCACCGGUUCAAACCGACCACAACGGUGCCUCGAGCCAAUCAGGGUUGAUUCCUGGUCCAACUGAUGCUAACCCGUACGGUUUAGCAGUUGGGUGCGAGUUUUUUGUGGUCACUGUAGCUAUGUUACCAGAUACCGCAGUUCACACCCCGCCACCACCUGCCGCUGCUUCCUGAUCUAAAACAUUCAGUAAGACAUGACGGAAGAGAGAAAAAAAAAAGCCGCAGGAGUGAAGCGAGUAUACAUCCUUUACUUGACAAUUGACAUGCUAGUUGAAACUGUUCUGUUUGAUCAUCACUUCCCUCUUUUGCUCAUUUCCAUUUUGUGUAUAAAAGUCCUUUGGCCAUAUGAAAAACUUUGUAUAUAACUCUUGAUAUGUUUUGUUCUAAAAGUAAUAUUCGUU